CAAUACAUGUGCACAUGAAGUUGUUUUCAUGGUGAAGAUUUGGAAAUUCACCGUUUCUCGUCGUUUUUCCUCGGCGAUUCAUAGAACGGCGGAAAUUAUGCAACAAAGAAGUUACGAGGUAAGUUAAAAUGAAAUGUUCUGGAGGUUUAUCGAGUCUGUCUCGUUGUACAUCGUUCUCGAAAGCAGCUGGGCGAAGCAUGCCCUUGCAGUUCGUGAGAUUCCUUUGUAUUAGAAUGCUUAAACUGCUUUCUGUCUUGUUCUUAAUUGUACUGUAUCUACAUUUUUUAUUUCAGGAUGCAGUAAAGGCACUGAACACCCUUCAAACUAAUGCACAAGAUCUGGAGCAAAUUCGACGUAGUCGAGGCCGACUUGCUCGCGACAACUUGCCGCAGAUGCGAAGUUUUACAGAACGAGCGGGAGUUAAAGUCAGCCCUUUUUAUAACUGUUCUUUAGUUGGUUUAAUUGAAUUAGCGUAAUUUUUUGUGUUGUUUCAUGGAAAAUCGGUUUGAUACUACUUUUUUUUCAUCCACGUGAUGUUAUUUUACGUGCCCCAGGAGCGUAACGCACAUACAGGGGACUUUGAUGCAGGCUUUCUGAUCAGCAAAAAAAAUAAUAAAUGAUAAUUAAUUAUUAAUUCCUGCACUGAUCUGAUCUGUCAGGGAUAUAAGAUUGUUGAUUUUGAGAAAUUUUACGAAACUGAUGCGAUUUCUUGGUUCAGGCUUGAGGAUACGACAUGACUGAACAUGCUUUGACAGACCUUUUUUUUUGGUAAUAUUUUGUAGCGUAAAACUACAUGUACUACUCGUGCAGGGAGCAACCUCAAAUCAGACUAUUCCUCAUACACCAAAAGCUGACAUAAGUAGUGUUUGAUGCAGAUAAUCAGGAAAGUGUAUGCAUGAUUUUGGCAACUAUAACGGUUAUUAUCCUCAAAUGAUUACUGUAAAACCACAGGUAGCCCAAGCUCAAAAUAUAAAUGAGCAUUGGCAUUGUUCUUUCGAAAUGUAAUGAUUUGUAUGGGAAAUAAGGGAUUGUUGCUGUAAUAUAUCAGUCAAAUCGAAUCUUCAACAUCCCCUCAACAGACAUACACCAGGCAUUUGACUUCUUUUCUUUCCCAUCCUGAAUUUUUUGUGUUCUGAUUGGUGGAGGAUUGCAUCAUAUUUUGCUAUAAUCACCUAGCUCCGUUGCAGUUGUAUUUGCAGUCGUUGCUUCUCUCCAGUUGGGUGAAGAGAAUAUAAAAGUGACAACUGUAGCCUGUGUAGCAUGGCGGUUUUGUUGAGCCAGGCGCAUGAGUGGUGAAGCCACGAAAUUCAUGCGCGAAGUGCGCAAGAAUGAGCGGCAAAGCCACGAGGUUGCUCCCGCCCCAAUCUCCUCAUGGUUUCUCUUCCCUCGCCCGCCUUUAUUACUUAGCGUGCCCAACCAAAACCACCAUGCUACGCAGGCUAUGACAACUGGAAAUAAAUCUGCGUGUUGCUGCUUAAUACCCUUGACUUUGGCUAUGUUCACUCUAUACCAUGUAGCUUUCGUGUUGGCACAAAAACCAUACCAGAUAUGGCUUCUGUUCCUACAUAACAGUAGUGAUUUCAGUAUGAUUUCUGUAACAAAGCAAAGCUGCGCCGUCCCAAUCUAAAGAUAGAUGUUCAUACUAUACCAGAAAGGUUUUCAUGUUGGUAUGAAAAGCUAUCUGACCAGUAUAGUGUCAACAUAGCCAUCGUCUGAUAGUUCAACAAUAUUACCCUUAUCAUAGGCAAAUAAUAAUUAUUUGCCUAUGAUAAGGGUAAUAUUGUUGCAUUAUCAGACGAAGGCUAUGUUGACACUAUACUGGUCGGAUAGCUUUUCAUACCAACAUGAAAACCUAUUGUUAAUAAGUUUGAAUUUUGCACAACAGUACUAAUGCUUAUAUUUCAAGCUUGGGUGAUCUGUGUAUAUCAUACACAAAAAUCUGAAAAAAGGCCAGGACUCUCCCAAUAUAAUGUAGCAUUACACAUACUCUCUUUUAGCUGUCUCUUUUGUGUACUUGUUGGAUUAAUUGAUGGAAGGACAGGCUAAUUGAAUGAUGGAUAGACUGACUAAUUCUAAAACCACUAUUUUGUUUUAUAGAUGGAAGAUCUGGACAGACUUUCCAUUAUCCAUAUUAGUGGUACAAAGGGAAAGGUAUUUACUUUUUUAAUCGCAGCCAUUCAUGCAUUUUAGAAGACACAGAGCCUAUCUCAGAAUAAACAAUAUUUAGUGUUACAAGUAACAGUGAAUACAGUCAAAACAUAGUAACAUACCGACCAUUCUGACAGACAAGGGCUUUUCUCUUGUCCUGGUGGAUUUGUUGUAGAUAAAAUGGCUUUCACUACCUUUAAAGGGGAGGAUAAGCAAGUAAGUGCACUUGCAUAAAAUGUAAAAUGUAGAACAAGAAAAAAAUUGUGAAUGUAGAAUGCAGAAUUUUCGUACUUUUCUAACUUUUUUCCUUUGCUUUUUACAUUUUUUCAUGUGUAUUAAACAUUAUUCUGUG